UGUGAUAGCUGCAUCGCUGAUGACAGAAGAAUUGGUCAUGGAUAAAGACGUUUUAGAAACAUUUCAUCCAGUUGAUGAAACAGGAGAGCCCAUACAUGAUGUUAAAAUAAGUAUUACAGAGACACUGCCUUCAACCUCAGCACUAUUUUCAGGUAUUACGGAGCCACUGCCUUCAACCUCUCAUUUGCCUUCAACCUCAGCACAAUCAGAAAGUGGUGUUUCGUCUAAUCAUGAAUCAAGAUCCACAUUCCUUAAUCGGUCAGCUACAUCAUCACUAUCUUCAAUGGAACACUUAAUUUUUAAACCCAUAGUUCCCCAUGAAACUUCCCGUCCUUCAACGCCUAUUGUAACUCCAGGCAGAACUUCACCAAAAUUGCGCAAUACAUCACGGGAUGUAUCUCCAAUACCUCGGUCUUCUACACCCACAGAGGAAGCACAUUCUUCACCCAAAAAAUUGAAGUUAGACGAUGCAUACAUCAAGUGUAGGGAAAGACAAGAGGAACUGCAUCAUCUUAGAAUGGAAAAUGAAAAGGAGCAACACAUAAUGGCCAAAAAAGAGCAUGAACUAAAGGUGAAAUUAAUUAACAAUAUGAAUGAAUUUGUGGAUGAAAUGCACUCAUCAACAAUGACUGUGUUUGCUAACUUAAAUGCUUUCCUUGACAGUGCAAAAUCUGCCUAUGAAGCAAUGCGCAACUCAUAUGAAUAAAGUAGGUAUUGGUUGUUGGUUGGUUUAUGGAAUUUAGCCUUAUUGCUAGGGUUACAGUAGGUGUUAUUUCCAUAGAUCAAGUUGUUUUUGCUUUUAGGAGAGAAAAAUGACUCCACUGAUAGGUGUGUUUGUUAAAUGAAGGUUUCAUCAUAUGGUCAGCAAUUAACUUAAUCAUUUCUGUAAUGCUGAAUGGCCAUAGUUGCCCCAUUGAUUGGCAUUAUGCCUAAAUUCCAUAAACCAAACCAACCCCAUUUCAUAUUUUUCUUUGCUGUGAUGUAGUGUUAUUAUAUAUUUUAUUUUAUACCUAUGGUAUAUGAAGGUGCUCUCAUGAAUCAGGUGUUCCUAUUUGUAAGUUACUUAAUUGAUACCAAACAGUACAAUGUAUACUUCCAAAUAUUCAUUUUUUAGUUUGUAUGCUAUGUCCAUUUGCAUUGUGAUAUUAGGUAUUAUAUAAUAGUGCUUUAAUGAAUCUGAUGUUAAGUGAAAUUAGGUAUUGAGUAUCAUAUAUGUCCAUUUGCAUCUUGAUAUUAAGUAUUAUAUUAUUUUGAUGAAUCUGAUGUUCAGUGAAAUUAGGUAUCGAGUAUCAUACAUUACAAGGUUUACUUCGAAAUUAUAUUUUCAAAAUUGGUAGCCUAUGCUGUGAUAGGGAUAAUAUGUACUAACAGGAUAAUUUAUCAAUUAAUUAGUUUAGAAAUUAUUAGGGCUAGUAUAAUAUUUUAUUGUCAAUCUUAUUACUUUUGCCAUAUUUUUAUGAUAUACUUACUUAAAGAUUGCCCUCGCCUUCUGCAGGACUGGCUCUUGCGUUGGCAGCACGUUAUGAUAUAAACCAAUGUUUCUGAAUAAUGUAUAUUAGACAUCAUAAGUAAAGGUCUAAAUAAUGCUGUUAUGAUUUGACCUGAACCACAGGUCCAGAUAGCUAUGAUUCAACCUGAAUCACAAGUUUUAUUCAAAUUUAUUUUAUCACCAUUUUCAUCUUGCAAGUACAAGUCUUGUCUUUCUCAGGGUGUCAGAUUGACAACUAUGGUAAGAGUUCCUGAAUAAAUCUUUUCUUAUGUUAAAAAAUAGUAUUUAUCCUUU